AGCCUCGCCGGGCGUCGCCGCCUCCGGGAAGCCGGGCUGCAGGAUGAGUAAGAGAUACUUACAGAAAGCAUCAAAAGGAAAACUGCUAAUCAUAAUAUUUAUCGUAACCUUGUGGGGGAAGGUUGUAUCCAGCGCAAAUCAUCAUAAAGCGCACCAUGUCAGGACGGGCACCUGCGAGGUGGUGGCGCUGCACAGGUGCUGCAACAAGAACAAGAUCGAGGAGCGCUCGCAGACGGUCAAGUGCUCCUGCUUCCCGGGCCAGGUGGCUGGCACCACGCGCGCCGCCCCGUCCUGCGUGGAUGCUUCCAUAGUGGAACAAAAGUGGUGGUGCCACAUGCAGCCGUGUCUUGAGGGAGAGGAAUGCAAAGUCCUUCCCGACCGGAAAGGGUGGAGCUGUUCUUCUGGAAAUAAAGUGAAAACGACCCGGGUAACCCAUUAACCAAGGAUAAAUCAAGGGACCCUCAAGGCCGAUUACAAUGGCAAAUGCAUAGAAACUUGACUCCUGAGGGGAUCUUGAAGGAAAGAUUUUUAGACUGCUGAGAAGAAAUACUUCAGAGUCUUAUUUCCAUGGGAUUUCAAGGCUCAUAAUCAGCCUCUUCUGGAAAUUAAGACUUUGAAAAAGUCAAAUAUGAACUGUGUUAUGAAGAUUUCCUCAGAUGUGAACUGUGUUCUGCCUGUAAAAUUGCCCUUGAUAAAAAGGAUUUAAAGUUGCUUUCUGAAGAGUUGGUGAAAAGUGGGUAUUUCUAGGAUUUUACAUCGGAGGCAACUUUUGGGCUCCUGACUCCACAGGUGACUGCUCUUGUUUCUGAAAGUCCCCAGGCGUGCUGGCUUCCUGUCACGGACAUGUUCCUGGGUCCCGUGCUCAGCGACUAGCGGGACAGCACAUGGCCUCAGUGACAUUCCCUUUGUGAACUUCUCCUUCGGCAUGGUGUGGACUGAGAAUUUUAUUUGUAUCCUAAGCUCGGAGCUCGGAAAGCCUACAUGUUUUAACAUCUUAAAGUUGCUUUUGUUAAAGGAAUGGAAAUAUAUAUCCAUCGAUAGUAAUUAUUGUUGGCAAGUAAUAGUUACCUGACUACAUCCAUCAUAUAGAAUGUAUAGACAAGCUGACAUGUUUCCCCAAGGCUAACGCUACCGCAGCUCUGUCGGUUAAAUAUGUAGUAGUUAGAACUGUCCCAUUUUCACUAUAUACUGUUUUGUACCCCGAAAGCACUUUUAUUUUUUAAGUAGGCUUUUCCUUUCAUUCUUCUGUUGACUUUUUCCCUUCACCGAAGUUAGCAGUGAGCCGUCAAGGUCUUAGGUAGCCUUCAAUUUCAAAAUCUUUCCAGGGAUGCAUGUGGAUUUCUGAUUUCUUAGCUUGAAAGUUAUCCUCUUAGCUUUCCUCUAGUAUUUUUUAACUGUCCUUCCUCAUUUUAAGACUGUCUCUCGCUCUAGCUCAGUGAUCGUUUGAAUGCUUAUAGAUUUGUUUGUUCAAACUGUUGAUAGAAUUGUUCCUUUCCCCUGGUCUCCAACCUCUAAGUAUUUGUUUCUUGCUGUCCUGGUCAUAGAAUUCCUUAGGUCCGGUUCUGUCCACACUUUGCAGUCAUUCUAACAUUCGUGGUUUUCAGUUCUACGGGAAAGUCUAUAAAUAUUUAAAGGCCUUAAACAUGUAUGUACAUUUUUUCUAAGUUCUUGCAGAAUGUACAAUUUUAUACAUUUUUUUCAUUUGUGAUGUGAUGGGAAUGAAUGGAGAUUGCAUAGCCAUUCUACAAUACUGCUGUGUCAGUGUAUAGUUUGAAGGAAUAUACAGAGACUUAUGUGUUUUACUCAUCGUACACUAAUGGGAAGAGACUUCAGAAAUUGUCCUAUUACAAGCUCCAUUACAUUAGAGACAAGGUGGGCAGCAUUUGCUUCUUAAAACUCACUGACUCCGUCCAUUGGGCGUAUGUCAGUUCCAAGGAUGGAGACCAACAUACCCUGGAGAGUUUUGCUCUGUUCCUUGGUAACAACUUUCCAGACCAGUAAAACUUCCCUACAUCUUUUCUAGGUAGAACUAAAGUGAUAAAAAUAUGUUAAAAAUUAAAUUUGUGAAGUAUACCUUUGACAGUGACGUACACCGUCCCAAGUUCCAUGGAAUGAAAUCACAUCCUCCUUCCAUUUUAAUUAUGCACAAGACUAACUAGAAGAAUCUGAAUGGCUAUUGCAAUGGUUCAAGACUGCUUGAACUCAUAAGGGAAGGAAUAACAGUUGUGCUAGAGUUUCUGCAUCAAUUAUUAUGUUAAUUUCCUUGGAAUAAUGUGGAAAACAAUAUUAUUUCAAAAAUUAUGAGUUUGUCUUAGACUUGUUUGAAAUUAUAGACCUUACUUGUCAUUUUUUCUAACUAUGUUCUUUAAAACACUGGAAAUUCUGUAUUAUAUAUGUGUAGUACAUGCAUAUCCGUAGGAAAAAAAUAAACGGAAUUUCAAAUAUACUAGAUUAUUCCCAGUAGAUUAUAAUGUUGUGAUUAUUCAGAGAAGAUAAAUAAAAUUGGGAUAUAAAAUAGACUCUUUUAUGGGCAACAUCUGGAAAAAUAUUUUCUAGUGUUUCAUUUUAAAAGUAAUUUAGUUACACCCCAGGAAAACCUCAAAACGUAUGGCGAAGCUGACAUACGUUCUUCAAUCUUCUUUUAAUAAAAACCCAUGGCAAAUCUUACUAUUAACAAAUGGUUCCAACAUUUGGUUUGCUUUUUUCGCUAAGAAUUAACUGAAAUGAUUAUAUCAACAUUUGUGUUACUUGCUCACUUGUACAACUGGCAUAACUUUACCAGCAAUAUGCGUAACUCGUUAUGGAAAUUGUUAAAAAAUGUACUUCGCCUCUUUUCAAAUAUAUUAUAUUAUCUAUGGGAAUAUGAAUCAAAAUGACUGACUUAAUCUUAAAAUGUUUUGUAAUGGUUUAUACUUUAGGAUAGUUUAAGAUUCACAAGAAUUAAGAAAAUAGCAGAGGAGCUUGAUAACCUCUUACAACACUAAGAAGCGGACACUGAUACAAUACCAUUAGCUCAAAUACAGACUGCAACACAGAUUUCACAUGCACUUUUGUGUACUUGUGUGUCUGUGUGUGUGUGUAUGAGAUAUUACCCCUUUCAAUUGACUUGGUAAACAUCCACUGUGGUAUGUUAUGAUGUGAAUUAAAGUACA